ACUCCCUUCCCUGGCUUUACUGAGAUUAGAAAGACUGCAGUGAAAGGCACAGUGGCAGGGAAACUUGUUGGGGGAAACAUGUCAGUCUUGUAUAUUGUGGUUCAAUUUGCUGGCUGUGCUUUUCUCUUUGUGUCGUUGCUGCUACUUGGCAGUUUUGCAGCUUAUUGCCUCUAUGUGCAAUACAUUCACAUGAAGUUUGAUCAUAUACCCGGACCUCCCAGAGAUAGUUUUCUACUGGGGCAUGGUCCCGCUUUGAAUAAGGCAAUGGAGGGAUACAAGCUGGCACAUGACAAGUUCUUAGAAUGGACUGAAACAUAUGGACCUGUGUAUCGUGUGAAUGUUCUUCAUAGAGUGAUGUUGCUUGUCAGUAGUCCGGAUGCUGUUAAGGAGUAUCUGAUGUCUCCAAAGUAUCCCAAGGAUCCAUACACCUAUAAUCUUCUGUUUAAUUUGUUUGGUAAAAGAUUUCUUGGAAAGGGACUCCUGACUGAUCCUGAUGACGACCAUUGGUACAAACAGCGUAGAAUUAUGGACCCUGCCUUCAGCCGAAUGCACGUUUUUUUAUUUUAUUUUGCUGACCAAAGGUACCUGAAGGGUAUGAUGGGAGUUUUUAAUGAAAAGGCUGAAUGUCUAAUGGAGAAACUCGAGGAGAAAACUGAGAGUCAAACUCCUGUCAGCAUGCACUUCAUGGUCAACUGUGUGACCCUUGACGUCAUCGCUAAAGUAGCUUUUGGAAUGGAUUUGAAUUUGCUGGAUGAGAGUAAGACUCCUUUUCCACAUGCUAUAUCCACAUGUUUGAAAGGAAUGACACAAUAUAUUCAAAAUCCGUAUAUGAUGUACAUGCCUUGGCACUGGAAGUUUGUGAAAGAGGUGGAAGAUUCUGCAGAACUGCUUCGUAAAACUGGAAAAGAGUACAUUGAAAAGAGAAAGAGAGCCGUCAAGAAUGGGGAGGAGGUGCCAGAUGACAUCCUAACACAGAUUCUGAAGAGCGCUGAACAAGAAGGAGACUAUGACGAUGAAGUAAUGCUUGACAACUUCAUUACUUUCUUCAUAGCAGGACAGGAAACAACAGCUAAUCAACUGUCAUUCACGAUAAUGGAACUGACCAGGCAACCAGAGAUAAUGAAAAAGCUAAGAGUCGAAGUUGAUGACGUAAUUGGUUCAAAGCGGGACAUUGAUUACGAAGACCUUGGCAAGUUAACAUAUUUAUCCCAGGUUUUGAAGGAAUCUCUGAGAAUAUACCCCCCCGCACCUGGCACAUCCCGCUGGAUCCCUGAAGAUACCGUCAUCGAGGGGAUACACAUUCCUGGAGGAAUCUCAGCCACUUUCAACACUUACAUCAUGGGAAGGAUGGAGAAGUUUUUUAAAGAUCCACUGAAAUUUGAUCCAGAAAGAUUUCACCCAGAUGCACCAAAGCCAUAUUAUUGUUAUUUUCCAUUUACAUUGGGUCAUCGCUCGUGUCUUGGACAAACAUUUUCUCAGAUGGAGGCAAAAGUUGUGAUGGCAAAACUGCUGCAAAGGUUUGAGUUUCUGCUGGUUCCAGGACAAACGUUUAAAAUAAUGGACACAGGAACUCUGAGACCCAGAGAUGGAGUGGUGUGCACAGUCAAGUCUCGGGUGACUAAUUGCAAGGGAAAUACUUAAAAUUUGAAAUGAGGUGAUCGAUCAAACAUACAGAAUGUGGUGAACCAGUUUACAACAAAUCAUCUGUAAUUUGUAUGCUAAAUAUAUAUACUAUGCAAAGAUAAGACAGCUGCGUGUUUGAAUAAAAUCAGUAACUUAAUAAACCAUAGUCCUAGUUGAAAAAACGUUUUAUUAAUAUAGUAUUUUUUUUUGGCAUCUAGAAAUUGAUUGAGACUGGGAGGAUUUUUUUUUUUAAUUAUUAUAUUAGGGUUGUAAUCUGAAAUUACAUUUUUGUCAGCAUGAAUAAAAAAGGGAUGCUGAUGAGA